AUGAAGGCUUUCUUCAUCGCUUUUUUGGCACUGGCCGUAAGCGCCAGCGCCUUGCCCCAAGAAUAUGAAAUAGAAAACUGGGAGCAGCGUAAUUUAGUAGAAAGACAAAUCAGACAAGCAAUUGAAGCCCUCAGCGCCGCCAUCAAAGAUAAUGGCUAUGAUCCCCUGGAAGUCCGCAGAUGGGCCAUAGAAACAUCUCCUCAACCAGGCAUCGAUAUGAAGGUGGCGAUUCAAGAUUUGAGUCUUAAGGGCGCCAGCUGGAUUGAAAUUCGAAGACUGGACUGGAGCACCCUUCGUAGCAGACUCCAACUGACCGUUGUUCUCCCUGAAAUCAGCUUUUCUCUCGGUAAAUCAAGGUUUGAGGUCAACGUCCAGGGACAAAAAUACGUUUCUGAAUUCAGUGGCACAUAUGUACUGUCUGGGUUUAGUAUUGGCAUGGACGUGACAUUGAACAUAGGUGCGAUCUCUGGCAUCAGUGUUCGCUCAUUGGCUGCUGAAAUGAGGUUUUCUGGAAUGAAGAGUGACAUCGAUAUGGUCAUCAACCAGAAGGAUUACUCUGAUCCAAUAAACAACUUCAUGAACGACGAACUUCCCAGAUGGCUUCUAGUUAACCAGAGAGCAAUCGACAGCGCGCUUUCCACAGCACUCAAGUGGAUGGCGGAUCAGUUAUUGGGUUAGAGCUCGAUCAUGGAAAAACAAAAUACAAAUAAUAAAACAGACC